GAGAUUGCGAUCAGCUGGCCCCGGAUAACCGCGUUUGCCGAGUCGCACAGGAGGAGAGGAUUGGUCUCUGAUGAUGGAAUGGUGAGUGAGAAUGAGGAGGAGGAUGCUCAGCAGGGAGGCCUUGAGAAGGUGGAUGCCCAAGGGACGAUGCCGGGCAAGUCCAAGGGGAGCGCUCCCCAGAGCGCUGAUGUGGGGAAGGCCAGCGAGGGCCUGCAGAAAGUAGAAGGACAGCCAAGGAAGCCCUCAGGCAAGAGGCAGGGCAAAUCCGCUCACCGUGGUUUCAAGAAGUUCCACCAGCGGAGCCUGCUGGGGCACAGCCGGUGCCAUGACUGCGGCAAGAGCCUGGGCUUCGGCUCAGGCUUCAACAAGCGGCCACGGCUGCGCAGCGCUGAGAAGCCCUACAAGUGCAACGAGUGCGGCAAGUGCUUCCGGCUCAGCUCCACUCUCAUCACCCACCAGCGCCGCCACGCCAGCGAGAAGCCCUACAAGUGCGCCGACUGCGGCAAGAGCUUCAGCGUGGGCUCGGCCUUCAUCCAGCACCAGCGGGUCCACACUGGCGGCGUCAAGCCCUGCCAGUGCAACGUCUGCGGCAAAAGCUUCAGUGCCAGCACCAGCCUGGUCAAGCACCAGAAGCUGCACCUGGAAGAGAAGCCUUACAAGUGCGAUGAGUGUGGCAAGGGCUUUAACUGGAACUCGCACUUGGAGCGCCACCGGCGCAUCCACACCGGCGAGAAGCCCUACACCUGCCCCGAAUGUGGGAAGAGCUUCAGCUGGAGCUCCCACCUGGACCGCCACCGCCGCACCCACUUGGGCGGGGAGAAGGCCUGCAAGUGCACUGACUGCGGUCGCUGCGUUGGCCCCAACGGCACCAAGCCCCAGCGCGGAGCAGGAGGAGCUGCCGCCGCUGCCGAGAAGCCCUACCAGUGCCCCGAAUGUGGCAAGGGCUUCAACAAGAGUGCCACAUUGGCCAAGCACCGGCGUUCCCACACGGGCGACAAGCCCUACAAGUGCGAGGAGUGUGGCAAGAGCUUCGGGCUGAGCGCCUCCCUGCUGCAGCACCAGCGGAGCCACGCGGCUGGCAAGCCCUACCAGUGCGGCGACUGUGGCAAGAGCUUCGCCUGGAGUUCCCACCUGGAUCGGCACCGGCGCAUCCACAUGGGCGAGAAGCCCUACCGCUGCGGGGACUGCGGCAAGAGCUUCUCGCAGAGCUCCCACCUGGAGCGGCACCAGCGGGUGCACCUGGGCUCGGAGCAGCCCUGCCAGUGCACUGACUGCGGGAAGAGCUUCCUGGCCAGCGCCAAGCGGCGCCGCGUGCUGAGCGGGGAGCGUCCCUGCAAGUGCACUGACUGCGGGAAGAGCUUCCUGUGGGGCUCCCGCGCCAGGCCUUCCCCCGUGGCGGAGAGGACCCACAAAUGCACGGAAUGCGGGAAGAGCUUCACCUACCGGGCAGAGAACGUCAAGCACCAGGGCACGCAGACGGGUGAGAAGCCCUACACCUGCCCUGAGUGCGGCAAGAGCUUUGGGCAGAACUCGGCCCUGGUGAAGCACCGGCGCAUGCACACCGGCGAGAAGCCCUACAAGUGCGGGGACUGCGGGAAGAGCUUCAGCGUCCGCUCCAACCUUAUCAAGCACCAGCGCACCCACCUGGGCGAGAAGCCCUACAAGUGCCCUGACUGCGGCAAGGGCUUCAUCCAGAAGUCGGACCUGACCAAGCACCGGCGCAUGCACACUGGGGAGAAGCCCUACAAGUGCAACGUCUGCGGGAAGUGCUUCAGCGUCAGCUCCAACCUCAUCAAGCACCAGCGCAUCCACCUGGGUGAGAAGCCCUACCAGUGCUCCGAGUGUGGCAAGAGCUUCAUCCAGCGCUCGGAACUCACCAUCCACCAGCGCGUGCACACCGGCGAGAAGCCCUACAAGUGCCCUGAGUGUGGGAAGUGCUUCAGCCGCAGCUCCCACCUUAACCGGCACCAGCGCACCCACACCGGCGACAAGCCCUCGCUGCUCUCUGCCACCAAGAACUCCGCUGCUGCCGCUGCCAGCAACCCCCUGCAGGCCUCCUCCGCCUUCUCCUCUGCCUCCUUCUCCUCCCCGCUGGGCACCUCCUCCAUGGUGUACGUGUGUAUUCAGUGCAAGCCACUCAUGGCCCUCAAAGACCAAGUACUGGCUCUUGAGGCCAGAGUGGCUGAACUGGAGGAGCUAAGGGAGAUAGAGAAGUACAUUGAUGAAACUUUCUGGACACAGUACAGUGGUCCCACCCCCAGUCUGACAGUCGCUGUGCUGUUGAGGAGGACAAAGGUCUUGGAGAAGGAGAACACCAAGCUGGAGCAGAGAAAAAUGAACCCAUAG